AUGAGUUUGCACCCGUUAGUGUGCUGUUUUUUUGGAUUGACACUGGCCUCCAACGCCGGAUGGUACGAGAAGUCGACGGUGUUCUAUGCUGACGAUGGAGCGCGCCAGAACACGGUCGCUUUCCCUCUGCAUCGACGCAAAGAACGACUGCAAUUUCAGUACGAGAUUUUGCAUCUUCUCGGUCUGGAAAAACCGCCGCACCCGAAGAAAUUCCCGUUCGAAAACUUGCCCGGCUACAUGCUGGCAUUGUACCGGGCGUUGCAGUCGGACGAGGAGGAUGACACGAUCGACCGAGACUUCUUUCUUACCUACCCUCAACGUUUCGCAAAGCUGAACGAGUUUAAGGUCGUUUACCCUACGAGAGACCUAUUCGAUUGGUCGGCGGCUGACACAAUCAUGAGUUUCAUGGAUCAGCGCCACAAGCGCAAAUCACAUGCUGCCGUCGACAAGUUCGUCGAUCACUAUUACUUCGACGUGUCGGGAAUUCACGCCGACUAUCGUCUGAUCGGUGCCGAACUACGAGUGUUUUACAACUUGACUGUUAUCGGUCGCCUUUUCGCCGAUCGGCUUCUCAGCGUCCACGUUUACAUGAUCAAGAAGUUUGAGAAAACCAAUCAGCUGGAACUGAUUGCGUCCUCGUCGCUGGCCAAUGAUCGCAAUGGCUGGAUUCUUCUGAACGUCACGUCCAUGCUCGACUUCUGGAUGCGUCACGGUGCUCAGAACGUCGGCAUGCUGCUUAAUAUCGUGGAUAAAAACGGUAAGGUAAGAACGUUCGAAGCUGCAGUGUAUUUUAUGCCAAACGUAGAUUUAGGGCGUCGCUGGAGUCCGAACGAUUUGGGUGUGUCUGAGUGUUUCAUGGUCGGCUACUUCGCGGCCGACAAGAUGACCGCCACUCGACGAGUUAAGAGGUCGCACGCACCUUCCGGAAUUGAGUACAGCAACGAUAUGGACUGGUCGAAUGUAGUGGGCUUCGACAUGAAAUGGACCCGUUCUAUGUGCCAGAAACGAACUCUCUACGUCAGCUUCAGGGAUUUGGGCUGGCAGGAUUGGAUCAUCGCGCCAGACGGAUAUGCGGCCUACUACUGUUUCGGUGAAUGUUCGUUUCCGCUGAACGCGCACAUGAACGCGACGAACCACGCGAUCGUGCAGACUUUGGCUCAUCUGAUGAACCCGGACAGGGUGCCGAAGCCGUACUGCGCACCGACGAAGCUGUCGUCGAUCUCCGUGCUCUACUUCGACGACAGCUCGAACGUGGUUCUGAAGAAGUACAACAAUAUGGUCGUUAAGUCGUGUGGUUGCCACUGACC